GAGGGUGUAAAAUACACUGUUCGUUUGAAGAACCACGGCAGUAUGCGGACCCUGAAUGGUGAUGGAGGGGUCACAAAGGUCAGAUGUCCAGAUGGGACAAACUUCACAUUCCAGGCCUGCUCCCUCAGUUCUAAUGGAACCAAUCACAUGAGAGUGCCCCACAAAGAAGGAGAGAAUUACCAGAGCAAUAAAUCCCUGGCUGAGCUUCAGGCUCGUAAGAAUGCUAUUGACAUAGUGAGUGCCAUUUGUAGAGUGGCUACAGAUGUCCUCAGGAGGGCCCAGUUUGCUGCUGAGGGUUAUGCAGUAGAAGUGUUAGGGGUAGCAGACAUCUUUUGUUCCCUGCUGCCAUUGAUUCUGGCAUACAUUGGACCAGUAGCUUCUCAGGAUCCUAGGGGAGCUGUACAAAUCCUGGGCAUAAUUCAGGAGAUUCUUCCAGAGGUGGCUCAACUAAACACCCAGUCCCCAGCACCACUCCCUGCCCCAGAAACCUCAGAGAAUGGCACCACCUCCCAGCACUAUGCUGUCGUAGAAAGUGACCACCCCUACAAACCAGCUUCUGUCUCAAACUAUAAAGUGAUAUUCCCCGAGUCUGUUAAGUGGAUGGUGUUGGAGUUUGACCCCCAGUGUGGUACAGCUCAGGCUGAGGACACCCUCCAGCUGUAUAUUCCCGCUGGUGGGGGAUCCAGCUUCAUCCCCACUGACUCCUCCUCAGAAGAGGGCCUCAACACACAGAACUACUGGCCAAUGUGGAAAAAGUUCCAUGGUUCCAGUAACUGGCCCAAAACAGCCAUAGUGUUACCAGGUCAUGAAGUAGUCUUUUCCUUGGAAACAGCAUCAGAUUAUGUUAAGGAUGACAAGUCCUGUUUCUUUGGAUUUAAGUGUGUAGUUGUUGGAUAUGAAUGGAAUUUUACACCAGAUGAGAGUGUAACUCAACUGGAAAAGAGAGUUGUCUUACCUUGGAGGGAUGUGUGCAGCUUCCUUAAUCAAGAAAGAUGUUGCUCUGCCUCCAGUAACUGUAGAAGAAUUAGAGGAAGACAUGGAAUAUAUCGAGGAAGGUUCCCAACUGGUAUUCAGUGCCCAUUCAGAACUGCUGGGUAAAGGCUUUGCUCUGUCCCACCCUCCCACUAUCAUGCAGGCCCUGGAGGGGAACCUGCCCUUCUGUUGGCAGUCCAAUGAGAGGUCGUUCCUGAAGGACUUUGUGGCCUGUAAUCCAGGCACUAGUGGAGGCCGGUU